AUGCGGGACAUGUGCAAAAGAGACGUCGAGGAUAUGCUCGUGUCGCCGCUAGCCGUCAACACCGACGACAUGAUUGUUGUGACGAUGCCGCCGUUGGAAUUUCGCAACUUUGAUGCACUGCCUGAAAAAAUUAAGCUUCAAAACAACGGUCUAACUGUAACGUUGAACGGUUUGUGGGCCGCCGAUCGACAACCGUGUAUCGCGGGUGCCAACCUGGACGACGAAUAUAAUUUUUCUCAUUUGCAUUUCCACUGGACGGAUGUCGAUGAUGGUGAUGUCAUCAACGAACACAUUGUCAACGGUCGAGGGCAAGUAUUAGGCGCGCACGCAGGAUAUUAA